CAUGAUACCGAUAACCAUGAUACCCGGGCUGUUGAAUGCCCAUAUGAUAACCCAGGAUAAAGAUGAUACCCCAUGAUAACCAUGAUAACCCACGAUAACCAGGCCACCGAGUGUGCCUAUAUGAUAACCAUGAUAACCCACGAUAACCAGGCCACCGAGUGUGCCUAUAUGAUAACCACAAUAACCCAUGAUAACCAGGCCACCGAGUGUGCCUAUAUGAUAACCACGAUAACCCACGAUAACCAGGCCACCGAGUGUGCCUAUAUGAUAACCACGAUAACCCAUGAUAACCAGGCCACCGAGUGUGCCUAUAUGAUAACCACGAUAACAAUAACAAUAAAAUGACAAAAAUAUGAGAAAUGAGACCCCGCAGUGUUCAGAUGACUGGGGGGGUAAUACAGAUACAGGAAGGACGGAUUUGAGUGUUUUUUCUUGCAUAUUCGCGUGUAUUUGCAUGUAUGGAGCUAGUCCUUAUGAGAAAACUAGACUCUACUUUGUGUAAUUAAUUAUUAUUGCAGAUUUGAAUGAUUUGGGCGCUUUUGGCUGCGUGGGUUAACUGGCCUGCGUAGCAUGGGGGGGUGUUGGAGCUACUACACAAGCCCUAACCCACGUGACCCACACACAUAUAUUUAGCUUUCACUAGCUACUAGUUAGAUAACAACAAC